AUGGCGGCCCCCCGACGCAGAAAGAUUGGUCAUCGACGACGCAUCGAGGAUGAGGAAGAUGGAGAAGGUGGUCCUGAUCAGCUCGACCUCGAUGACGACUCCAUGACCGAGGGUUCCAUCAUUAGUGACGACCACGAUCACGGCAACGAUAGCGAUACCAGCAACAUCGACGAGGCCUCCCCCAUCACCCCGAACGCAAGGAAGUCUGCUGGAAAUGGAGCCGCGAAGCAUGCUGCCCGGGACCCCUCGGCGCCCGCCAACACCAAAUCUGUAUCCGAUGCCGAUGCCAUGCUUCAGGGCCUCUCCGUUAGCGACCGUCCCGAGCCUGUGCAAGAGCUCCAGCUCGACGACGCCGCUGCAUCGCCGCCCAAGUCUUCCGCUCCUCUUGUCGUGAGCUCCAACUCGUCCCGCCCCGCGGAGCCCGUCGGCGAGCGUCGUCGCCGGGAGCACGAGGAAUACAAGAAGAAAAGGGACGAAGACCCCGCCUUCGUUCCCAACAGGGGGGCCUUCUUCAUGCACGAUCAUCGCCAUGCCGGUCCUUCUGCUAAUGGCUUCCGGCCUUUUGGCAGAGGUCGUGGACGUGGCCGUGGUGGAGGCAUCGGAGGCCCCUACGCUCCCAUGAAGUAUGCUUCCCAGAAAGAGUCAUCUCGUCAUCUCUCGGCUAACCCGCUCAGUCAAUUGCACAGUCCGACCGAUCCUCUGACCAGUGGUCAAUGGGCACAUGACAUGCAUGAGACCGUCGCCGACCCGCUGCCCUCGAGACAACCAAGGCACCUGCCCGAGGAAGAGGGACCGGCCAACGGCAACGGCUUCAUCCCGACAUGCCCGUCCAACCCGACCCCCAUCAACAGGACUCUGUCCACCGAGCGACACAUCGGCAACGUGCAGGUGAGGGUGUCCCUUCCCGUCACCGGGAAAGGUCCUGCGGCCUUUAGCAUGCCAGUCAAACAAUACACCAAACUUCCAGACCACCGCCCGCCCCUGCGUCGCGACAAGCCAGUCCGCAUCUCCCUGCCCGACAACCCGCCCAAGUACAUCUUCCCCGCCGUCGACCGAUCCUUCAUCUUCAUUCCGCGUGCCAUGCGGCCGAACCAGCAGCGGACCCGGGGCAAGCCUCGCUCCGGCCUUGGUUCGAUGGGAGGGUUUUCUAGACGGACCAGCGUUUUUGGCGGAAGCUACUACGGCAGCGCCUAUUCUCCGAGCAUUGCUCUCAGCCGCCGCUCCUCGUUGGCACCUGAUGGUCGUGAAUACCUUUUCUCGCCCACAGGCUCAGUCAUGUCGAGAGCUCCUGUGCCAGUCGAGAAUUCCAGACCUGUUGUCAGGCUGCCGCCCGCGAGCCACCCUCAUCAACCCUUCGUUCCUAAUCAGCCGUUUGUUGGGCAGGAUGGUAUGCCCAUGCAGCCAAUGCAUGCUAUGCACCCGAAUGAGACGUCCAUCAACGAUUUGCCGCAGCCACAAACCCACCCGUUGCCUCAGAAGCCUGCAUUCCAGGAGAACCGGCCAAGCCAGAUUCCUAUGCAUCAGCCUCGCCCGCAAAAGGCAGUAUCGGUUACAAACAUUGAAUCGCCGACCCUCAACCAAGGCCCGCAGGCUUUCCAGCAGGCUUUCCACCAGCAGGUUCCCGUCCAGGUGUCUAACGGCCUACCUCAGGAAGCUCACUCACGACAACCGUCGUACCCCACGCAGCACUCGACUGGCACGCCUUUGUCUCAGAUCCCCGAGAGGGCGAUCCACGCUGCUCCUUUCCAGCCCAACUACCCGCCUCCGCAACAGAACUUCUACAACCAGCCUUACCCUAUGAUGCAGCAUCAACAACCGUACUUUUAUCCCGGACAGUACAACGGUAACAACAUGGGACCGUCGGCUGCGGCGCCGUCUUUUGCACCCCCGGGACAGCCGCCCCAAGGCCCUGGCUUCUCUCAACAAGGCCAGGUCGAUCCCGCGGCCGCUCAAGCAAACGGACAGGCCCCGGGAGGACCCAACUUGGUCGCCCAGGAGGUCAACGGUAUGGUUUACUAUUACGAUGCGGCUCAGCUUCCGCCCAUGAACACCUAUCAGGGCUACCAGCAGCCUCCCCCGCAAUUCGGACCCGGUGUUGGUGGCAUGGGCGGAAUCACGCCAAGCCCGGACGGUUUCUACUACCAGCAACCCGCACCCGGAAUGGUGUACUACUCGCAAUAG